AGGGGUUUUGUUGUGAAAAAAGAAUGAUAGGUUUGGAAGAGUGGGCCCACCCAUCUGGCUUUCGCUUCGCUAGCUAUCAACCCGAAUUCCUCCUUCCAAUAAAAUCCAAGAAUUUCUGAGAGGAAGAACAGAGAGGUUUUAGAGCUUUCAAAUUAUGGGAAUCAAAGGCGUCUCCUCGGCGCCCGGCGAUUUCAUCUACUUCAAAUCUCAGGUCCCUCUUCACCGGAUUCCUAUUGGCACCAAACAAUGGCGAUACUAUGAUUUUGGUCCGAAAGUUGUACCGCCUCUUAUCUGUCUUCCUGGAAUAGCGGGGACGGCAGAUGUCUAUUACAAACAAAUUAUGUUUUUGUCAAUGAAGGGUUAUCGGAUAAUUUCUGUUGAUAUUCCACGUGUAUGGAAUCAUCAAGAGUGGAUUCAAGCAUUUGAAAAGUUCUUGGAUGCUAUAGAUGUUCAUCAUAUACAUCUCUAUGGCACUUCACUCGGGGGCUUUCUAGCACAACUUUUCGCUCAACAUCGGCCAAGACGUGUUAAAUCUUUGAUAUUAUCUAAUUCGUUUAUCGAGACUAAAAGUUUUUCUGCAGCAAUGCCAUGGGCUCCAAUGUACGCUCCUGGAAUUCGUGAUGGUCCGCAUGAACCUUUUAUCGCCGAUUCUGUAGACUUUGUUGUUUCUCAGGUGGAAAUGCUUUCUAGAGAAGAUUUGGCUUCAAGGCUGACCCUAACAGUUGAUGAUGCCUCAGUUGGACCUCUUCUUCUUCCAGAUUCGUCUAUUACCAUAAUGGAUACAAAUGACUAUUGUGCGGUUCCACUGCAACUCAAAGAUCAACUGAAUGAAAGAUAUUCUGAAGCCAGAAGAGCAUACUUGAAAACAGGGGGCGAUUUCCCAUUUCUUUCACGCCCUGAUGAAGUAAACUUGCAUCUUCAGCUGCACUUGAGACGUGUUGGGGUAGAAGCACGGCCAGAUUUAGUUCAGGUUGUCCCAAAAGCAGAUAGUGAUAGUGGUCCUAGUGAAAAGAAGGAUGAAAGAGGUGGUGAUGAUGAUACACACGAGGAUGACAAUGAACGCAAUGGAAGUUCACCUUCCGAAAACGAGACACCUCCAGCCCCAGAGAGUUCUGAAUCUCAUAGUAUAGAGGAUCGUCUACUUGUCAAUGCUGAAGCUUGUUAUUUGGCUAAUGUGAUGCUUUUAUCUACUCACGGAGAAAAUAAAGUGCUCGUGGCAGUAUUACUACUACAUUACAUUCAGAUGAUUUAUGUAGGUUGUUUGAUGCUAGGCAUGAAGGAUGCUGGUUCAAGUCACCUGUUGUCAUUCAUACCGAACUGGUAGGAGUAGUAGACUGGUAUGCUGCACAUAGUCUUGGGUAUCAACGUUUUCUGGUGCUCAAUGUCGUCACGUGUUUUGUUUGUUUCACGCUGCCUCUAAAUUCAUUUGAUUUUUUUUUUUCUUUCACAUUUGUGAACCUUAUUUGCUGUAAAUUUUAAUUCCCAUGUCCUUUAUUUCACUAUUGCUGAAAUAUUGUAGCUCUUGGAUAAUCGGCAGUCAUCAAAACAACAUAUAUUAGAAGUGUUCCUCGAUGAAGUGUA